CAGAUAUUAAAAACACACACACACAUUUCACGUUUUAAUACUCUUCCAUUUUCUCUCCACUUUUAUUUUAUUGCAUCUCCCUUUCCAUUCAUUCUAAGAUCGAUGAAAAUAAAGCGCUCUCUUGUUUUUCCUUGUAAGAGUCUACACUGAUUUGUCGAACAAACAGAAAAACAACGCUGUAGUUCACUCCAUUAAUUUCUAACAAAUACUUCUUUUUUUUUCUCUAUAUAUAUACACAUACUACGUGCAUGGGGUCUAAUUUUUCAGCCGAUCAUCAGGCAGCUGCUCCAUCUUUAGCCCCAGAGAGUUCAGGCGGCGGUGCAACUCAUCGGCUGCCGGUGGGAUUAGCGGAUUUACCGGAAAGUUGCGUGGCGUUGAUACUUUCAUAUCUGGAACCAUUGGAGAUCUGCAGACUGGCAAGUGUGAAUAGGAACUUCCGUCAGGCUUCGUCAGCUGACUGUGUUUGGGAACAAAAGCUGCCCCAAAAUUAUAAGAUCCUGGUCACCAAGUUCUUCCAAAGUAGUCGGAGUAUUAUCCAUGAUCUCCAUCAAGCUGAUGAUGAUGCACAUGAUGAAGUACAAGUUUUAAUUAGUACUAAUAAGUUGGCAAAGAAGGAUAUCUAUGCCGGGUUGUGUUGUCCUACUCGCUUCAAUGGAGAUACCAUGGAAGUUUGGAUGGACAAGGUUGGCGGAGGAUUGUGUGUUGCGAUUUCAUGGAAGGGUUUGAAAAUCACGGGCAUCUCUGAUCGCAGAUACUGGAAUUUCAUCUCCACCGACGAUUCCAGAUUCGAAAAGAUUGCAUACCUAAAGCAAAUAUGGUGGCUAGAAGUAGAAGGCAACUUAGAAUUAGAGUUUCCAGCCGGAACCUACAGCCUUUACUUCAGGAUGCAUUUGGGUAAAAACAGCUCCAAAAAGCUAGGCCGGAGGAGGGUUUGCAUUAAUGAGCAGGAUGAAGUUCGUGGAUGGGAUGUAAAGCCGGUUCGAUUCCAUUUAUCAUCAUCCUGCGGCCACCAAACCACCGCACAACAUUACUUAGACCAACCUCCGGCGACGGCGGCCGGUGGCCAGUGGAUAAACUACCGCGUGGGUGAUUUUGUGGUUCAUAACAAGGAUAAUCAUCACGGUGGUGAUCAACUUGAUCACAAAACGAAGUUGAAGUUCUCGAUGGCUCAGAUAGAUUGUACACACACUAAAGGUGGGCUUUGCUUGGAUUGUGUGUUGAUAUAUCCCACCCACACCAAACUGGUUGGGACAAUUAGGGAAUUAUUUAUUAGUACAUAGCUACUACCCAUUAAUUUCGAUUCAUUUUAUUUGUUUUUUUUUUUUGAAAAAUAUAUAUAGUAAUUGUGAGUUACAAUCACGAGAGAGCUUAAAUAAAUUGUGUAUAUGUCAAUCAAUAGUGCCAUGC